CUCCGUCGUAACAAACCUCCUCACACACGAAACCAUCGUCAAUUAAUUAGAUUCAGUUUUCUUCCUCUUUCCAAGCUUGUACUAUCAGAUUCGUUAUAUAUACUAGUACACUACAUAAAAAACAGUCUCCGGUUAUGACAUCAUAAAAUUUCAAUUCACUUAUCACGAAGGGAAACAUAAUCACAGAGAUGAUUCUCCAGUAUCAAUAACUUUUCAAACCGAAAUGCUACUAUGAUAGAAAAAAUUGUUACGACAGCCGAAAUAUUAGUGAAGACCAUUCGAAUUUGCAGUACAACAUCCAGUAUUGGCGUUGAGCAGGGAGCGAAGGCUUUUGAGGAGAUUUCUAACAGCGGUUAUGGCUGGGCCGUUGUAUUCGGCUCGCAUUUGACGCAAGCCAUAAAUUUUUGGGUCCUUACUGCAUGGUACACAUUUACACUGCUACUGGUACUUGUUAUAAAGGGUCCAUUACAAUUUAAUCUGCUGUCUUAUCUAAGGGUAAGAAAAUUUUAGUGAUCGACGGCAAGAAUAAAAGCACUGAGAGCAACUUGUUUGAGGAGGAGGAGGAGAACAUCCCAAAACCAACUCCGAUACAUCAUUCCAAUUGAGCUUUGUGGGUAAUAUAUGUGCGAUGGAGGCAAAAGCCUUUGGUCCUCCGGUGCAAAUAUUCCAAAUCGAUCUGCGUAGCAAUGCG